AUGAUUUCCGUCUUACCACUACAUGAUACAUCCAACCCUCCACGAACCCUAUGGUUGUAUCGAGCUUACAGCGCGGAGGACCCUUUCGGGCACUUGACGGAUGUACGUCUCACAGAAAGCGUCAGUCCGGAAACAUGGGCGCGUUUCCGCAAUCGUGCUGCCGCCGCUACCACGGCCCCCUUUUCCCCUCUUUGCGGACGGUCUUGGAGUGGAAGCCUACAAGGUCGUGCGAAGACCUCCGACUCUUGGUAUCCCCGCUACUGGACGGCGCACCCACUCUUCGCGCUCCGCAACCUCACGGACCUGUCUCUCUGGCUCGGUUACGGCGAAAUCAUCCUGUCCGACGCCGUCUUGGAGGCGUUGCGGAAGCAUGGCCCGCGCUUAAAAUGCCCACAGUUGGAAGUGCUGCAUAUCCCGCAUCUCUAUGUCCCGCCAGAGGACUGUUACGACACCAGCAACGUGGACGGCGCCGAGCACGCGCCAGCCCACCAGCUCUGGAAGCUGGUGGUCUGCCGCGCCUUCAUCGUAGACGCGCACGCAUGUGCGCUGGUGCUCCACCGCAUCUUCCCCCAUCUCGACGUCGACCACUGUCGCGCAGCCAUGGCCAAGGAUGCGCCGCCAGCGCAGUCCAACCACUGCGACAUGACCAUCGACAUCUGGCAGCGCCGGCUGCUUUACCCGACUGCACCGCGCUCGCGGGUGGCGGAGCUUCUCGGGUCCCGAAAACGUGCCAGCCUCGGACAGGAUCGUCUCUGGGAGCCUGUCACCCCGCAAGACUGUGCACGCUUUCGCACCCGCGCUGCCGUCGCCCGCACUCUACUUGAAGGCGACCCGUGCUGGAAUAAAGGCCCUCUGGACGAGGAAAGCUGGUCUUACCUGACACGGCUCAGCGACGGGACCCUUCUUCUGCCGUCCCUUCGGGUGCUGAGCUGUUGCCCCGCGAAGACGGGAAAAGAGCUCCGGCUCCUGGCAUCCCCAUGUCUGCAAAAGUUGGUUCUUCAUCAUAUUCCGUCUCUGGAGGACCGGUCAGAAGAUGGUGUCCUGCUGGCCGUACAAGACAUGCUCAUCAAUACGCCGACGCUCACCGAGUUCGAACUGCACAACUCCCACGGCGACUUCUUCACUCGUAUCAACUUCACGGUGCUCCGACAGCUCAAAGCCGUGUUCCACCCGGAGUGGUUCCCGGAAGCCGACGAGCUUCUGGUAUUGGCCGCGCUACCCGCACUCGAACGCCUCUGUAUCGAGCUCUCCCUGGACCGUGAGCCGGAGCUCGCGGGGUUCCAUUGGCUGAAAACACUCCACAUCGUGGACGGCGGCCAUUGCACCCUAUAUUUCCUUGCAAACUGCACCUCGCCCCAUCUGCGCGAGCUCACCAUAGACCUUACAGGACUAUCAUCCCCGGUUUACGUGGAGAGCGUCAUGGGUUCGGAGCUCCCCCCGUUUUGCACCACUAUAUCGCAGCGCUUUCCUCAGCUGCGUCGCCUCAAAGUCGAGCGGGAGAGCACGUUCAUCGCGGACAACCUGGAGACGUUUUCCGCUGCAACACGGCCGCUGUUCACGCUCCGCCACCUCACUGCGCUGUACCUCUCAUUCAGCAGAGGCGCUCUCGUGCUCUCGAAUACCAUCUUCGAGGCAUUCGCGGAGGCGUGGCCCGCGCUCACCAGUCUUACUAUCUGCGUCCGGAGUCUCGCACAUAGCGCUGUGGUGGUAUUUAUUUAG